AUGUCUGAGGAACGUAUGAAAACGUCGGAAAUCGCCAAAGAAUCGAGCGAAUUUGCCGGAAGCCCGAGAGUAUGCUCGUUCAGUAUCGAAAGUCUUUUAGCGCCGUGUAAGAAGAACGUCGAGGAGGAAAUUCGCGUGCCCGUUCAGACCGAAGCGUAUAUGCACGGUCAUGAAUCAAACGAUUCUGAAGGAAGGAAACUGGUAGCGCCAGAUUCCUCCAUGUCCAUGGCAGAGGAAAUCGAAUUCGACGACGCCGAUAUGGUUUGUUCUACUUCACCUGAAGCUGAGAUGUGCUAUGAGGCGUGUACCAGCAGCAGCGGUGCCAACUCCACGACAGGUGUGGAUAGAGAGGUUCAGGAAAAAAGUGACAGCGCCAUUAGCGAUGACGAAAGAAAGAAGAGGCCUCGAACCGCGUUCACCGCGGCGCAAAUUAAGUCAUUGGAAGCGGAAUUCGAGAGGAACAAAUACCUGAGCGUGGCGAAGAGGUUGCAGCUCAGCAAGAGUCUCAAGCUGACCGAGACUCAGAUUAAAAUUUGGUUUCAAAACAGACGUACAAAGUGGAAGAGAAAGUAUACGAACGAUGUUGAGCUUUUGGCACAGCAGUACUAUUCUAGUUUGGGGAUUCCUGCACCCCGACCAAUUUUUGUCGAAGAUCGUCUAUGGUUUUUCAAUUACCCGGCGCAAUUGCAACCAGGAGCACCGAUUUUUCCGCAGCAUUUAGCGACCGUUCCUCUACCACCUGCCUUGCCUAUCGUGCAGCCAUUGCCGAGCAAUUUAUCAAUGGGUCAACAGACAUCGAUUUUUCAAAAUAUCCCCACGAGCAACCCGACGUAUCAUUUGAGUCAGAGGUUGGAUUUCAGGCAUCAGGAUUCUUAG